CUUGUAUCUAUAUUCGAAUCCAGCUUGGCGUGUUUGUGUGCCUCUGUGUGUGUGUGUUUUUGUGAAUUGUACGUCGCGCGCCUCCCCGUUCGUUCCGCACCCCAGUCUUGCUCGUCCUCUUUCGCUCAUUUGGAAUUAUGAAAUACACCGUCCCGCUCUUCGCCUCUCUUAUUUUUCUUCUGGACGACGUAGCCACCGCAUUUUCCGUACACAGCAAAUCCUCUCGUCCUCCGUCUCCAACCUCACGGUCUGCCCAGACAGCGGGGAGCUUUUUCAAUCCCGUACCGGAAGACGAUCCCUCGAACGAUCCGCGUUCCGACACCAACGACACGAUGGACGCGAAACCCCAAAACUUGGACGAAUCACUCGAACAUCUUUUGAAAGAGCGCAAGUCUCCUUCUCGCGCCUCGCAACCUUCCACGAUUCAAGGAGUACCAUCCGCACGAGCGGGUCAAGGCUUUGGAAAGACACGUUCUCCCGUGGCCCAAAGGAUUACCCCGCCACGCGAAAAACCCUUUGUCGGCAUCGGUCCGCCCCUUAACGAUAUUACCAAACCAGAAUACGACGAUCAGGGAUACACACUUUACGCGGACGAACGUACGGGCGAAAAGUCCCGCGUCUUUGAAGCCCUCGUUGACUAUCCUUGCGACUUUACCAUGAAAAUUGUCGGCGCCAACGAAGGAGCCUUUGUAGAAGAAAUGGUCGCUGUUGUGGCCGAGUCCUGCCUAGUCCAGGCCGAUUCUAUACAGCAUUCCGUCCGGGCUUUGGGAAAAUGGACAUCCGUCACGGUACAAGCACCGGUGCAGUCGGCGGAAAUGCUCUACGGCCUGUACGAAGUCAUUGACCGGGAUCCCCGUGUCAAAUUCAAGUUUUAGAACUGUUUACAAUUUUCGUAGCGUAGCCUCGUCUCCCACGGAGAAAGUGAAGAAUGUCUAUUCUAUAGGCACACCCACAAAU